AUGGAAAACAAAAAAAUUGCGUUAGCAACUAUUAACGACAUUGAAAACGACAAAAAUGUGGAUAACUUAAGCUUGAUAACAAAAGUAGAUUUAAAGUUGACAAAUAGUAAAAACGAGAAAUGUAAUAGAAUAAGGAACAUAAAUUUUGAAGACUCCCUUAGAAUGAAUGAUGAACAGAUAAAAGUAAAAGAAGCAGUUUUUAUAUUACAUAAUAUGGAAAAUUUUAACUAUUCUAUUAGUUAUACUGAAAUUCAAAAUAUAAGAAAUGAUUUAAGAUUAUUUGCUAUUAACAAUUAUCAUGACAAAAAGUACGCAGAUUGUUUAAUUCAAGCUAUUCAUUCUUAUAUGAUAGCAAAAAAAUAUUAUUCCAAAUAUUUUGGUUUUUAUAUUACAGGUGAUAUGAGUACAGAACUAAUUUUAAUAUGUAAAUGUUAUGUAUUAGUUCAAAAAUAUACAGAAGGAAGAAAAUAUUUGAAUGAGUUAAAAUUUUUAAUUGAUAACACGUUAUUAUAUGCUCAUAAUAAGGGUAUUUUUACUGAACAACAGAAGGAUGGACAAAAUAAAGACAUUAAUAAGAUCAAUGAUUUAGAUUCGAAUUAUCAAGAGCCGAUUAUAUUAUGUGGAAUAGAAGUUUUAUCAAAUAUACUUUAUAUUUUUGCUGACUUGUUAAGUUCAUAUAAACAGAAUGAAGAAGCAGAAAGUUACUUCUUAAAAUAUCUGUAUAUCAUAGAUAAAUCUUUUAAUGCUGAUAGUUUAAAUUAUAGUGACGCUUUAAAUGAUGUAUGUUCCUACUACAUAAAAAUUAGAGAUUAUUCGAAAGCUUUAUCUCUAUGCGAGCAAAUACUGGAAAUACGAAAAAAAUUUUUUGGUGAUUAUGAUUCAGAGAAUCCAAGUGAAAUUAUUGCUGACUGUUAUUGUAACUUAGGAUUAUUAUUAAGAUUGUCUGGAAAUACCAUUGAAUCUUUACACAAAUAUUUAAUAGCAGUAGAUAUGAGAAUGAAAAUUCAUAAAACAAGGCACACUAUAGAAGUUCAAGAUAUUUUAUUUUCCUUUGCCAUUAUUAUGCACCAGUUAAACAAUUUCAAGGUUUCAUUACAAUUAUAUAAAGAGGUUUAUUCUUUUUAUAAAAUUUAUUAUGGUCCUGAUGAUACUAAUACUAUAAUUGUAUGCAAAUUGAUUGAAGAGUUAGAAAAAGAUAUUAUGAAAGAAAUGGAUAAAAGUAAAAAAAAGUAUCCCUCUAAUUUAGAAAGUCAUAUACCAAAUGUAAAUGAUAAGUUAACAAAAGAGAGUAAAAUAAAGAAAAACUGGAAUUUAUUUAAUGAAAAAUUGCAAACUAUUUCAAAGAAGUCAGAUAUAGAUCCUAACUUAAUUGAAAAUCUUAUGAAUGAGAGAGUUUUAAUUAACACCAAAAAUAUUCCCUAUAAAAAUUUAAGUGAUAAAAAAACAUUCAUAACAGUAGAAGGAAACUUAAAAUAUAAUGAUUUAAGUUAUUGUAGUAUUGACGCAUAUAAACAUAUGCAAUCAAACAAAGAAUUUGAAAUUUUGAAGAGUUCAUUUUACUCCAUUUCUUCUAUUAACAGAAUUAAAUCCUUAUACGCAGAUUCGUGGAAAAGUACUUUAAUUCCUUCAACAUAUAUAUUGCCUUUUGUUGAAGCAAAAUUAGUGGACAAAAAACUAAUUAAAUUUUCAGAGUGCAAGGAUUUUCAAAAUGCUAUUAUUUUCAAAAGAAAAAUUUUGCCUAUAGUUAAUAUACCAUUAAUAGAAAGAGGAUAUGUACAAUUAGACAAUGAUCAGCCUAUAAUGACUUGUAAUGAAGAUGCCAAAUCUUUAUUAAGUGAAUGGAAUAUCAAGGAACCUUUUGUAGAUUCUCAAGGAAACGUAUUUAGUAAAUAUGAGCACCUUGAUAAUGAAUUUAACAUGUUUAUUUCUAUUCUAGAUGAUAAAAAUGAAGUUAUGCUUGGUUUUUAUAAUAACCCUUUGCUUGUGCCAAAUCCAGCUAUUUACCACUGCCUUAUUUUAAAUGACCUAUAUUAUUUUCAUAGGUAUAACCAUGUUAAUAAUUUAUAUUCUUUUGAUAAUAUAAAUCCGUAUCGGAACAAGAAUAUAAGCACGAAAAUAAAUCGUGGUAAUAAUUUAUAUAAAAAUAGUUCAAAUGCAGGUAUUGAUCAUUCAUAUGAUUACAAUACAUAUAAAAAGGAAGAAAAAAGUAGCAAAAUUUCACGUGAUUCAAAAAUUAUAAAUGAUUCGUUAAAAAACACUCUUGAAAAAAAUGAACAAAAGGGGAAUAUAAAAAAUGACCUCAUAACUAAAAGGGAAUCAAGUGAUUCAAACAAAACUCAUAUUAAUGACGAAUCAAAAUAUAUUCCCAAGGACAUUCCUUUAUCUACUCAAAAAUCUGAGACGGUAACAAAAAAGGGCGUGCCUAAAGAGUUAUCAAAAGGAGUUUCAAAAGAACUAUCAAAAUUAUUCUCAAAGAAAAUGUCAAAGCAAUUGUCGAAGCAGUUGUCAACACAAUCAUCAGAACAGAUGUUAAAGAAACACAAAUCAGAGGAAAAAAAAGUAGGUGAUAUGAAGUUUAAAGGUUUAGGUUUUAAUAAAAAGCUUCAAAAUAAAAAACUUCAACAUAAAAAAGUGCACGUUCUAAAAGGUAAUCGAGAGAGUUCAUCGACAUUAUUUUCUAGAGAUAAAUACGUCUUAAAAAAAUCCAUUAAUUUUAACAAUUUAUUUCUAAGAUCUAAUGAAAAAAUUAAAUUAAUUGGUUAUAGCAAUUCAAAUAAAACUGAUAAAAUACAAAGAUCCAUGAGAAAAAUUAAAUUAAAAAAGGAUCCCAUCCUAAAAUCUUCUAUUGAUUAUAAUAUAAAAUUUGAUCUUCAAAAUAAUGUGAGUAGUCUUGAACAUUGUGAUAUAGAUAAUCUGAAGAGAGAAAUUUAUUAUGAUAAUUCCCCAUGUAACAGCCAUACAAAUUCAACUAAUUUAUCUUUUGACGAUGAAAAAGAAAUGGUUGCUAGCUAUAAAGAACAUAAAAAAAAAAACAAGAAUAGGUACAAUAAACCAUAUAAGCAUAUUAAAGAUAACACAUACAAUAAUGUAAAAAACAAUCUUACUAAUGAAAAUAAAAAAAAAAAAAAUGAAAAUGUCAUUACUCAUUAUAAUGAGGAAAGUAAUGAAAGUUCUGAAAGGUCUAGCGAAUAUAGUACUGAUAAUAGUGAUGAAAAUGUUAGCGACAUGGGGAGUAAAAAUUACAAUUCGUUUUAUAGCGAUGAUAGAGAGAAUAAUAAUGAAGAUAUAAUUGAUAUACAUAAAAUAUUUGAUACUAACAUACCUUCAAAUGAUUCAAGGAAUACACUGAAUUUGAACCCUUUAAUAAAUAAAAAAGAUAGCGUAGGAAAUGAUACUUCUGAUUACACUAUGAAAUGUGCUAAUAAUGAAGAAUAUCAAAGGAUUAAUGAAAGUGAAAAUUCAUUAUCGUCUAACAACAAUACACUUAAUUCAAAUUUUGCUUCUUUUAAUAGCGACACAAUUAAUGAAAAUUCCAUGUAUGAAAAUAAAUCCAAUACAAAAAGUAUUAAUCUUAAUACCUGUCGAAACAAAUCAGUAAACAGUUGUACUAGUCUCAACAAGUUUCAUAUAAAGGAUAAAUUAAACCAUAUUAAAAAUGUAAACAAGAAUGAUAUUUCAUUUAACUUUAGAUUUAAUAAAGGAAAUUCAUUUAGAGACGGAAACAUACUAUUAGAUACUGACAUAUCUGAGAGCGAAAUAUAUGGAAAAUCUUUUCUAAAAAAGGCUAAGUCAUCCAGUAAACCACAUUUGGUAAAUGGUAUAUGCUCAAAUGAUAUAAAAUUAAACGAUACCAAAUUAGGUGAACAUAUUUUUGAUAAAACUAUGGAAGAUAGUGAAUCGUUUGUUUUUUCCACACACCAAAUGGAAAAUGGAAGAAUAAUAAAUGGAUCGGAGAAUAGUGAAAAUAUAUUAUUUUCUCAUUCCACAGGAGUUAAUGUUUUUUUGGAUAACAGAUACAAAUCCACAUUAAAAAAUAAAGAACGUACUGUUAUUAAUGAAUACUCGGAAGAAGUAGAAUUAAGCGAAAAUGAAGAAUUUUAUAAGGAGGUAAUUCUUGAUGAGGCAAAAAUUGAUUCGAAUAUUAUGGAUAUUUAUGAGGUUGAAAAUAGUAGAUAUGAUAAUGCUUACAAUAAUAGAAAUCGCUUCCUGAAAGAAAAUCAAAAUGAAUGUUCAGACACAAAUGAUAGAAGUCAUUCAUCUGCAUUAUAUAAGAAUGAAAAGGUUCAGAAAAUUCAUGAACAAAGAAGUUAUUAUAAGAAACCAUCUGAAGAUAACACAUAUGACAUGUAUGAUGAAGAAACAUCUUCAGGAAUUAUAAUAAACAAAGAAGUAAAUGGAAUCCACAAGGAUAGUUUUACAGAUAAUUUAUUCUUGAGAAGUAAUUCGAUAGAGGAAUUAGAUUCUAAUUUAAUCACAAACAAGUAUAAAAGUAAAUAUGCCAAAAAAGAAAUAAAAAGGAAUUAUAGCGGUAAAAUAAACAAUAAUAAAAAGGUUACUGAUACAUUAGAUGACGAACUCAAUGAUAUAAGUGUCAUCAACUUGCAUAACGAGCAGGAAAAUCAAAAUCUCCCCAAUAAUAUGACCAUCUUAGAAGAAGAGGCUGAUAUAAUGUCAAAUAUUAAUUAUGAUGACAGUCUAAAUGAGAAUGAUAAAAUAAAUAUGAUGUAUGCUUCUGAUAAUAAAAAUUAUAUUAGUAAUAAAAUAUCAAAUAAUAAUAAUAAAAAAAAUGGAAUAAAAUACUCUUCAAAUUUAACAUAUAACAGCAUGCAUAACGUUCAUAUUGUUCAUAAUGUUAAUGGUAAUAAACAAGGAUGUGACAUAAAUAAAGACGAUUCUUUUUACUAUGACGUAACCAUGAAUAGUGAUAAUAAUAGCAAUAAUGUAAAUAAGAAAAAAAAAAAAAAAAAAAAAUUAUCUUCCUUUUUACAACUGAAUAAAAGAAAACACGUUUUGAAAUUAUUUUCCAUUUUUUCAAAAAAGAAAUUAAAAAAAAAAGAGCAAAAUUCAAAUACGAUGAAUAAUGAAUAUAUAAUUAAUGAUCUUGAACCAUUUAGCACCGAAGGCAAAAAUGUGCAUUUAUUAAGUAACGCUUUAAAUGAUAAAUUAGCAGGAAAAAAUAAUGCAAAGGAGUUAAUUGAAGUCAACAGUAUAAUGUUAAAGGGAAAGGAAAAAAAAAAAAAAUUUAUAUCCGAGCCUUUGCAUGGAAUGGACAAACCAAGGUUGAACAUAAAAUCAAAAGUUUUAGGUUUAAAAAAAUUGAUGGGAACAAAAAAAGGAUUUCUUAGUAAGAUACAUGUUAUUGAAAAAAAAGUAUUAGAGAACAACAAAGAUACCAUUAAAUCUAAUGAAAAAAAUAAUUCCCCUUUAAUGAAGCAGAUACCAAAACAAGAUAUAAAUAAGGAUGAAUCAUCAAACCUAUCAAGCAUCAAGGAAGAAUCUAUAGAGAAACAAUCGUCAAAGGAUAGUAUUCAUAUGGAUAAUUCGAAUGAAGAAAAAAACGAGGAAAGUAAUAAAAAUGAGAAUACUUUAGUGAAAAAAAUUAACACAGUGAAUUAUCCUAAAAAAAUAAUGUUGAAAAAAAUUGUUCCAAAAGUUAUUCCAAAAAUGGUAGUAAAUAAAAUAAAUAAUAUAAAAGACAAUAAUACAAUUAAAAAAAGUAAUGAUCUUAAUAACAAUAAUCAUGAAGUGAAAAUUGUAAAGAACAUAAACGAUAAAUUAGCAUUUGAUAUUCUGAGAAAAGUAAAAUAUUGUAAAAUUGGAUUUCAACCUGAUGAAAAUUUAGGCACUCUUCCAACAGUUCAUCUGUUAAAUGAAGAUAAAGUUGUCUUAGCAAUUGUACCAUGGCAAUUAGAUUUAACUUCAUUUUCCUUAGCAAAAUCAUCCAUGGAGGAAGAAACAAUAAAAAAAAUAGGUUUAAUGCAUAGAGAAUUUGAAAUAUCCAUUGAAGACAGAAAAAAACAAGUACAAAGUGAAAUGAGACUUUUAACAGGGGAAGGAUUAAAAGAAUUAGGUUUCACAAGUAGUCCUACAAUAUCUAAGGAUACUCUUCAUGAUGUAAAUCUAUUGUCAGGAAUCGAUAUAAAUGCAUUGAAAAAUUCAUAUAAAAUAGAAAAGAAAAGUGAACAAAUAGAAAAAGCAAAAGAAAAAGAAAAAUCAUCUCAGGCGAAAAAGGAACCACCAAAAAUUGCACCGAAAACAAAAGGAGGUAAAAAAGGAGCACCCAAAUUUAUGAAAGGACCUCCAAAAGGUGUUAAAGGAGGGCCUGUAGUUGGAAAGGGUAAAUUUUCGAAGAUAAAACAAGCCAAAGAUGAAGGUAAAACGAAAAGAUUUUUCUGGGAAGCAUUAUUUGAAGAUGAUAUUCCUGGAACAUUAUUUGAAGACAAAAAAGAAUUAAUGCAAAAAAUAGUAAUAGAAAAAGAAAAUGUGGAAAAAUGUUUUUCAAAAGCUGUUAGUAAAAAAGAAGAAGGUAAUGAACUUAAAAUUAGAAAACCAAAAGUUAUACAAUUAUUACCCGAUUCGAAAAGAGAAUACAAUAUGUCUAUUGCUCUAUCUAAAUUUAGUAAUUACACAUUUAAAGAAAUUAGGGAUGCAAUAAUGGACUUAAAUCCUCAUAUACUUAACCUUGAUAAUACAGAAGUAUUAAUGCAAUAUGUUCCUACUCCUGAAGAAUUUGAAAUAGUUAAGGAAUAUAUUUGUUCCAAGGGUGAUUUAAAUUUAGUGGAUAAACCUGAACAGUAUGUUGCUGCACUUUUAGGAGUACCAUUAUUAAAACAAAGAUUAGAGUCUCACUAUUUUGCUCUUUCAUUUAAAGAAAAUUAUGAAAAUACUUUAAAUCCUUUGGAAAAUAUUCUAGAAUCCUGUGAAGCAAUAAAAGGUUCAACGAAACUUUUUACUAUAUUAUUUACUAUAUUAAAUGUAGGUAACACAUUGAAUUAUGGAGAUCCACAAAGAGGUAAUGCUUUCGGUUUUAAACUAACCACCUUAUCUAAAUUAAACGAUAUAAGAUCAAGUACGAAACCUGUUAAAACUCUGUUACAAUAUAUAUGUGAAACUAUUUAUGAAAAAAGUGUAGACACCCUCGAUAUAAUGGAAGAGUUAAGAUGUAUCGAAAAAGUAGUAAAAACAGAUAAGCAAAUAAUUGAUACUGUUCUACAAAAGUUAAAAUUAGGUUCAAAUAAAAUUAAAAAUGUUUUAGAACUGGCCAAAAAAAACCCUGAAGAUCCUUUAUAUGAAGCCCUGAAAGAAUUUUAUUUUAGCGUAGAACCAAAAAUUCAAGAGCUAGAAACUUUUUAUGACCAAACUUUCGCUAUAUUCAAAGAAAUUUCAUUGUAUUUAGGUUAUAAAGAAAAAGAAGUUAGUACUAUACAAGUACAAGAUUUUUUUAAAGAAUUAUGGAAAUUCAUCCAAUCUGUUGAAUUUAAUAGAAAGACAAUUCAAGAGAACGUUCUCAAAGAAUUAAAGAAAAAAGAAAGAAUGCUAGAAAAUGAAAAGAAAGGUGCUGCUCUCAGCAAAAGGCAAAACUUUACUAUAGCUAAGAAGAAAGAAAAGACGGAUCCAAAGGCGAAGCUAACCAAGAAAACAUUCAAGAUAUUUUAG